AUCAUCGGACGGGCGAUCCUUCAAGCCAUCGUGGCCAUCGGGGGCCGACCUCGAUUACAAACCACCCUACGGACAGCUUUUCCCCAAAUGGAGGGCGUGGACGGUGGGCCACUUCGUGUGGCCAUUCUUCAUUAUACAGCGUUUCCAGUAUGUGUGCAGAUCGUUCACAGGGACAUGAAGAUGUUGAAUGUCCUGUAUGAGGCCACUGAGGCCGCCGACGGCAAGGUCAAGGUCAUCGACUUUGACCCUGCACACCUCGAGGACCUGCCCCACCAACCCUUUGAAGAACAUCUUCGUCGGCACACCAACCUUCAUCGUAGAGUACUCACACGCACACGAUGGGAACCCAUAAACGCAAUCACUGUUUCUGGUGCAUUCAUGCAGUCGCCUGAGACGUUCAGAUUCGUGUACUCGGAACAGACAGACCUCUGGCAGUGCGGCGUCAUAAUGUAGGCACACACACACAUAGACCCCCACCACACACACAUUUCUCCACUUGUUGUGUGUUCCUUGAGCAUCAACUAACACAUGCACACACCUACACACGGAAUGAAACGAUGCCUCUGUGUGUGUGUGUGUGUGUGUGUGUGUGCAGGCCGCAGCGGGGCGAAUGCGACGAAGAGAACCACAACAUGCUGGUCCAACACCUGGCGCACGUACACAAGGCAAGCACACAACAACUUGUGCGCCAAAAACUUUGCAAGUCUCUCUGUGUUGUUCGGUGCAGGGCCCGCACUUUCCCCCCGAAGCAUUGGAGCGCUUCCCGGAGGCGUGUGACCUCCUUCGCACCUUGCUGACAGUGGUUCCGGACCGCAGAUGCAAAUCUGGUAUGUCCACACAGAUGGUCCCAUUCUUAUACAUAUACGCAUAUCCUGUGUCUGUUUGUGUUGGUAUGUCUGUCAGCACAACACGCACUGAAGCACAAGUGGUUCACCGGUCCAUGGCGGUGCAGAAUUGCGCACGAUUACGAGGUGAGCGAUGAAGGCAACAGCCAAGGGAGGGCGGGACUUUGCGCGUGUGCAGGACCCCAAUGGCUCACCGAACAUGCCGAGAGUCAAGGAGGGCGAUGUGGUGCUGGUAUUGCGAAGUGAACGACUCGGCUGGUCGAUCGGGCGCAAGCUCAUCGACGGCAGAGACAUCCCCGACGAGCCCACAGGUACAUACGCCUGUGUGCAUGGUAGAAGGCAGAGAGGGAGAGACCUUGGCCACGUGUGUAUGUUGUGUGUGUGUGUUGGCUGACAGGACACUUUCCAACGGGCACCAUCGAGAACCCUCCCCUGUGACGGUAUGACCACCGCCAAGACCUCGUGCAGCUGUGGUU